UUCGAGACUUCCAGAAAUCUUCUUCUUAAUAAAGUUUCUGGGAUUGUUCUUUUUUCUUUUAAUUUGAAAAUGGAGUGGAAUGCCGAAACCCUUCAAUUCCUCUCACAAUGUUUCCUCCACACACUCUCGCCCCAGCCGGAACCUCGACGCGCCGCCGAAUCUUCCCUAGCCGAAGCUGCGGAUCGUCCAAACUACGGUCUCGCUGUUCUCCGUCUCGUGGCGGAGCCUUUCGUUGACGAGCAGAUCCGUCAAGCUGCCGCUGUUAACUUCAAGAACCACCUGAAGACCCGUUGGGUUCCCUCUAACGAUUCCAACGCCGGCGCCACAUUUUCCCCGAUCCUCGACCCUGAGAAGGAUCAAAUCAAAACCCUAAUCGUCUCGCUCAUGCUAUCUUCUAGCCCUCGCAUUCAGAGCCAGCUCAGCGAAGCCCUUGCAGUUAUCGGUAAGCACGAUUUCCCCAAAUCGUGGCCGACUUUGCUUCCCGAGCUCAUCUCCAAUCUCCAAAAGGCUGCACAGUCCUCUGAAUAUGCUUCCAUUAACGGUAUCCUCGGAACUGCAAAUUCAAUUUUCAAAAAAUUUAGGUAUCAGUAUAAAACGAACGACCUUUUGCUUGAUCUAAAGUACUGUUUGGAUAAUUUCGCGGCUCCAUUAUUAGAAAUCUUUCUUAAAACUGCUUCAUUAAUUGACUCAACGGCUGCUGCUCCUGGCGGUGGUUCCCCUGCGACCCUCCGGCCUCUCUUUGAAUCUCAGAGGUUAUGUUGUAGGAUAUUCUUUUCAUUGAACUUCCAAGAACUGCCUGAAUUCUUCGAGGAUCAUAUGAGGGAGUGGAUGGGUGAGUUUAGGAAGUAUUUGACCACAAAUUACCCUUCUCUUGAAAGUAGCAGUGAUGGGCUAGGAUUGGUCGAUGAACUUAGGGCUGCAGUAUGUGAAAAUAUUAGUCUUUACAUGGAAAAGAAUGAGGAGGAAUUUCAAAGUUAUUUAAAUGAAUUUGCAUCAGCAGUUUGGAGUUUGCUUACAAAUGUGUCUCAAUCUUUUAGCCGCGAUAAACUGGCUGUUACAGCAAUGAAGUUUUUGACCACAGUUAGUACAAGUGUGCAUCAUACUUUGUUUGCUAACGAAGGGGUACUACCACAGAUUUGUCAGAGUAUUGUGAUUCCAAAUAUGCGGUUGAGGGAUGAGGAUGAAGAGCUUUUUGAGAUGAAUUAUAUUGAGUUCAUCAGGAGGGAUAUGGAAGGGAGUGAUCUUGAUACAAGGAGAAGGAUUGCUUGUGAAUUGCUUAAAGGGAUCGCAACUAACUACAAGAAACAAGUGAUUGAUAUCGUUUCUGUUCAGAUUCAAAAUUUGUUGAGCUCGUUUGUGACAAACCCCUCUUCCAAUUGGAAGGACAAGGACUGUGCCAUAUAUUUGGUCGUCUCUCUUGCAACUAAGAAGGCUGGGGGCACUUCUGUUUCAACAGAUCCUGUGGAUGUUCAGUCCUUCUUCUUAUCAGUUAUAGUCCCCGAGUUACAAAGCCAAGAUAUUAAUGCUUUUCCAAUGCUCAAGGCAGGUUCUCUUAAAUUUUUCACAAUGUUUCGAGGACUGAUACAAAAGCCUGUUGCAUUUCAAUUGUUCCCAGAUUUGGUUCGAUUUUUGGCUGCCGAAUCAAAUGUAGUUCAUUCUUAUGCUGCAAGCUGUAUAGAAAAACUCUUGCUUGUGAAGGAUGAAGGGGGAAAAGGUAGGUAUACUUCAGCAGAUAUAACUCCUUUUGUGCCCGUGCUGAUGAACAACCUUUUUAAUGCAUUGAAGUUUCCAGAGUCUGAGGAGAAUCAAUAUAUAAUGAAAUGUAUAUUGCGUGUGCUAGCAGUUGCAGACAUUUCACGUGAGAUUGCUGGACCUUGCAUUGUUGGGUUAACUUCUAUUCUCAAUGAAGUUUGCAAAAAUCCAAAAAAUCCAAUUUUUAACCACUAUCUAUUUGAGUCCGUGGCUAUUCUUGUCAGACGGGCAUGUGAGAGGGAUGCAUCUCUUUUAUCUGCUUUUGAAUCAAGCCUCUUUCCCAGUCUCCGAACCAUCUUGGCCACUGAAGUGACUGAGUUCUUGCCUUAUGCAUUCCAGCUGUUGGCCCAGCUUGUUGAACUGAACAAACCACCCAUCUCUCCAAGCUACUUGCAGAUUUUUGUGCUUCUCCUCUCCCCUGAAUCAUGGAGGAGAUCUUCGAAUGUUCCAGCUCUUGUGCGUCUGCUUCAGGCUUUCCUGCAGAAGGCACCCCAUGAGCUCAAUCAAGAGGGGAGACUGAACCAGGUUCGUGGUAUUUUCAACAUGCUUGUCUCAUCUGCUGGCACAGAUGAACAGGGCUUCUAUGUUCUUAAUACUGUGAUUGAGAAUGUUGAUUAUGGUGUCCUAUAUCCAUACAUGAGUAAUAUUUGGAAUGUCCUUUUUAUGCGCCUCCAAAACAAUCGUACUGUGAAAUUUCAGAAGUCCCUUGUGAUAUUCAUGUCACUCUUUUUAGUCAAACAUGGGGCUCAAAAUCUAAUGGACUCAAUGAAUGCAGUUCAGGCCAACAUAUUCUUGGUAAUUUUGGAGCAGUUCUGGAUUCCCAAUCUUAAGCUGAUUAUUGGAGCGAUUGAGCUUAAGUUAACGGCAGUUGCUUCUACAAGACUCGUAUGCGAAUCUCCGGUGCUUUUGGAUGCUGCAGCUGCAAGGGUCUGGGGCAAGAUGCUGGAUAGCAUUGUUACCCUUCUUUCACGGCCCGAGGAGAACAGAGUUGAGGAAGAACCAGAAAUGCCAGAUAUUGCAGAAAAUGUAGGAUAUACAGCCACUUUUGUCAAACUUUACAAUGCUGGGAAGAAAGAGGAUGACCCUUUGACUGAUGUAAAGGAUCCAAAGCAAUUCUUAGUAGCUUCAUUAGCAAAACUUUCCGCAGUUACCCCGGGGAGAUAUCCCCAGAUCAUCAAUGAAAAUCUUGAGCCAGCGAAUCAAACAGCAUUACUUCAGCUUUGCACCACUUAUAAUUGCCAAAUAGUUUGAAUUGCAGGGUUAUUGUUUCUUCCUUAUUUUGGUGGUUGCAUUUUGGUGCCUUACUUGAAAAUCAUGCAUUUGUCAGCAGCGGUUAGUGCAUUUUGACAUAUAGUUGAAGGAUCAUAUGUGCCGGUGGAUUUUGCAGUUGCGGUUGCUCUCUCAAUUCUGCUUCCUGUGGUUCCACUGGUACGCAGUUUAAUGGAUAGCCACCCUUUCUAGUCUGGUUUUGUUGUCAUAAAGUUGUAAGAUCCUGUUGUGUCCUGGUGAAAAGAUUUGUGUAAAACUUCAAUUUUCCUUCAUUUUGAAAUAGUUCAAUGCUAAAAAGUUAUUAAAAAAAAACCCUAGUCGUUACCGGAGAAUGGUUCCUCUAGUGCCAUGGGAUCAUAUUUGUUUUUAAU